AUGCCCACUGUCCACUGCCACUGCAAAACCAACAACUGUCAAGGAGCUCUUGUCCCAGCACACACCGCUUGUGCACACGAGCGUGCAGAUCUACGCAACCAAACUACUUCUGAACAGGGUAACUUCCAGUGUAUCGUCCCAUUAUGCGAACCUCCAACUCCUAUAUCUCCCAACUUCGAGUUUUACGACUUCCCUAUGGAUUUGGAUGACAUGGUGCUGGACACCAGGUAUGAGCCUGAGGACCUUGGCUCUGAGAGACGAGGGGAUCCAUUGCCCUAUUUUGGCCGCAAUAUUCAGAGUCCUGAGACCUUGCUUGCUGCUAUUGACCACUUCGACAGAUACAACACAGCUACAGCUGCCGGCUCGCGUCCUUUGACUCCCCAUGAUGCCCACAAUCUCCCGCAAGAUCAAGAAGAGCACAAUCUCCAAUACCAACUCCAACAGGCCAUACAACAUGCUGAAGAAAAUCCAGAUCUUGAUCAGGACAUUGAUCUUGAUGCAAAUCCUCUUGAAGAUGUUGACAAGUACCAGGAUAUAUUAGGCAAAGGUCAACCUGCCGAAGACGAUACUGAUCCUUUCUUUAUUGUAGAUGGACUCUACACAGAAGACACAACAGAUCUCAUGCACCUCCCAGGUCACCUUGUCUUGAUUUAUGCAGUCGUGUCAUGGCUCCAUUUACAGUUCCACCUCCCAAAAGUUGCAUGCAACACACCGCUGGCCAUAUUCACAUGUAUUUUACUCACCCUUUCACCCAAUAUAGAACCUCCAUUUGUCACCCUGCAAUCCAGCAAUCGCGUACUUGGAGUCGACAAACCUAUAUACACUCUCCCCGUUUGUCCAUCGCGUUGGGACAUGUUUCCACCUGCAUACUCCCCGCAAUCUCAUGAUGAAUGUACCUUGUGCAACAAGGACCUCUUCCUACCUGACAAGACUGCACGCAGCAACCAGCGCUCCCUCAAAUCACCACUUGUCAAAUACCCUUACCUCCCACUCUCAGAUCAACUCAAGUCACUAGUAGCUAGGGAACUGCACGGGUAUACCCCCGGGUACCAGAGGUCAUACCCGCACCCAUACCCAGCAAAAACCCAUACCCGCACUGGGGGUAUGGGUUUUGCUGCGGGUAUUGUCAUCUCAGACCCACACCUGCACCCGUCAGGGGUUUACCCGUGGGUACACAGUUGGACAACACCUGUUACCCGGUCGGUAUGA